AUGAAAUAUUUAGGACAUAUCGUUACUCAAGAUGGCAUUAAACCUGAUCCAACAUUGACGAAAGCGGUUACUGAUUUUCCACAGCCAAAGACAAUCAAAGACGUACAAUCAUUUCUGGGGUUGACUGGUUAUUACCGGCGAUUUAUUGAAGAUUAUUCGAAGGUAGCCGAACCUCUCAUAAAACAGUUACGACAAUUGAAAGAGAGAAACUAUCAUCUGAAUUGGAAUCCAGAAUGUACGACAGCGUUUGAAACCUUAAAGAGUAAACUAAUCAAUGCUCCAAUCAUGAAGACACCGAACUUUAAUGAACCGUUCAUAUUGGAGCUGGAUGCAUGCGAAUAUGGAUUGGGUGCCGUACUAGCACAAGAGUACGACAAAAAGAAAUUUGUUAUCGCAUAUGCAAGUCGAACAUUAUCACCAACUGAACGGAAUUAUAGUGCAACAGAACGCGAAGCACUUGCAAUUGUAUGGGCAACACAACAUUUUCGGCCCUAUUUAGAGGGGACGAAAGUACUUAUUAGAUCUGAUUGCAAGGCUUUACAAUGGUUAAAGAAUGCAAAGGACGUUAGUGGAAGAUGGGCUCGAUGGGCUAUGAAGCUAUCAGCUCUUCAAAUAGAAAGCAUUCAAUAUCGCCCAGGAGCAGCAAAUGCUAAUGCAGAUUCUUUGUCACGAAAUCCGGUUACAACCUGUAUAAUGGAGUCCAUUGGACAAAUAAACCCAAAAGACAACGAAAGUGAGGAAAGAAUGAUACGUGCAAAUACCAACACCAGUAAUUCCUUAAAUUCGUACGAAAUCUCAACGAUCGAAACAAUAAUUAACUUAUGGGAAAACACGAAUAUUUUAGAAGAUAUAAAGAAAGAACAGCAAGCAGAUUCAAAAUUAAUUCCAAUUAUUCAACAAUUAAAAACAAUGACUCCUGAUCUAGUUAAUGAUAAAAGACAACCAUUUGUUUUGAUAAAUGAUAUAUUAUACAAGAUAAAGAACUCAAGCCGACACUAUAACCAACGUGCCUUAGGUAAUAAGCAUCUUUUGGUCAUCCAAAAAGUUAUGCAGCACAAGUUAUUACAAUGGGCGCAUGAGCAUCCAACCGCAGGUCAUGCAGGUCAACAGAAAACUUUAUUUCGUCUAUCAACUCGAGUAUAUUGGACAUCAAUGCGGAAGGACAUAUAUAAUUUUGUAGCCGCUUGCCAAGAAUGUCAACGAUUCAAAUUGGGGGACAACGUCAAUCUGGGAGCUAUAAAUGCUGAUAGGCUGAAAGUGUACUUCGAGCCAUUGCAGACUACAUCAUUAGACAAUACAAAUAAUUCUGGUUCUCAAUCCGACAGUGUAAUCAGAGCUGAUGCACAACUAGAUAUUGCAGACGAUGCUGGUACGCAAACAGAUAAUGCAAGUGAGGAUGAUGCACAACCAGAUAUUACAGACGAUGCUGCUACGCAAACAGAUAAUGCAAGUGAGGAGGAUGCACAAUCAGAUAUUGCAAUGCCACAACCUACCAAUUUAGAAACGAGUAUGGAAACAGACAUAAUCAAUGAAGAUUCCGAUGCAGCAACGUCGAUACCACCAUCAUCGGCAGCCCCAGCAUUUCAUGGAAAGCAUUCGGAAAGUCCGACACAAUUUUUGAUCCGAGUUCAAGAAUAUGCUGAAUCAGUACACGCGUGGGAUCGUCCCACAUUACUUAACGGUAUCUCACAAUUUUUACGAGACUCAGCUUUAGAAUGGUAUUGUCAAUUACGGAUGUCGCAUCGCCGACCACAAACAUGGACUGAAUUUACGGACGUCUUUCUGGCACAAUUUAAUUCACCAGUUCGGAAAGCAAAACAAGAACAAGAAUGGCAUGAGUGUAAGCAAAAAGAAGAUGAAACUAUAAAUGAAUUUCUAGUUCGCCUUCGUGCUCUUUGGAGGGAGCAAAAACCGAAAGAAACUGAGGCUGAUCUGGUCAAACACCUAUUCUGUCGGAUGCGAAACGAUUUAUUAAAUAUGAUAGGAACACCUCGUAAUGUUUCUUUAGACGAGUUAAUGGCCGAAGUUCAACAAAUAGAAGAGAUUUUGUAUCGACGAGCCAAAAAUCAACGCCUAUCAAAUCAAGUUAAACAAUCAUCACUUGUAGAUGUCGAACGAUCAACUAGAAAGCAUUACAGUAAUGAUUAUUCGCGACGAAUAACUUCCCGUCCGAAUCAAGAACACACGCGACAAAAUUACUUCAAGGAUACAGAAGCCUACCAACUGAACGAAGUAACCCCUAAUAGGUACCCAAAUAACUCAAAUUAUACCACUGAAGAAUUAACGUCACCACAACAGUUCCAUCCUGAAGGAUGCUAUAGAUGUGGAAGAGAUGGACACUGGGCAAGGGAUUGCCCAACAAGAUAUGGAAUGUAUCGGCAAGAACGAAGCAAACCAAAUCCAAAAAACGACAUUGGAGCACUGGACGAACGGACCAGACGCGCUCCUAUGUAA